AAAUUUUCAUGCUUUUUAGGCACCCAUCCAAUUAACACGUGUCUUUCUUCUCUCUCUACCCCUGCUUUCUCGCUCUAACUUUGUUCCCUCCAUCACUUCCCUUUGUAGAAGAAAUUAUUGACAAAAAACCAAAAAAGUGAUAGAAAAAUAGAUUGAUACAUCGAUAAAAAAAGAAUUCCCCAUCAUUUACUCAAAUGGGUCUCCUUUCUCAUCUUCAAUCCCCAUCCUUUUCCAUUCAAUUUUGCUUUUUAGGGUUUUGAAUGCGUUUAUGCUACGAAGCAUCACAAUUGCUUUAUUUGGGUUGUUUCAAUUGAUGUUUGCUGGCUUUAUCGAAUUGGGUUCAGAUGAAAAGGCGAUAUGGGUCUCUGAUCUGACGUUUGUGUUAUUAUGAUAUGCUCUGUUAUUCAAAGGUCUUUAUUUCCCCGCUUUUCUUGAAGGCCGUGUAAUACACUCCAUUUCCGAGGUUUGUAGAGAUUGAAAAAGACAAUCAAUUAUCUUUAUAGGGGAUAUUUCCACCGGACGCAACGUUUUCGCAUGGAUGCGCUUGAUUUUCUAGGGUUCAAUUUUGGGCGAAGUUCAGGAAAUAAAUGAUGGCAAUGGUUGGGGGCGAAAUGGAGAAGGAUGUCGAAUCUAAGCUGCAUAUUCAGGACAAUUCAGCUAACCAUGGGGGCAAAGAUAUCAAUAAAUCUAACAGCUUUAAAUUUAGGGCACCACAAGAGAAUUUCACCAUCCAGGAUUUCGAAAUGGGGAAGAUCUAUGGCGUUGGUUCUUACUCAAAGGUUGUAAGAGCAAGAAAGAAAGACACAGGAAAAGUUUAUGCUUUAAAGAUCAUGGAUAAAAAAUUCAUAACUAAAGAAAAUAAAACUGCUUAUGUGAAACUAGAGAGGAUUGUAUUGGAUCAGUUGACUCAUCCUGGAAUCGUGCAACUCCAUUUUACAUUCCAAGAUACUUUUUCACUAUACAUGGCACUCGAGUCCUGUGAAGGUGGAGAACUUUUUGAUCAAAUAACAAGGAAAGGUCGAUUGACAGAGGAUGAAGCUCGCUUUUAUGCAGCAGAAGUUAUAGAUGCACUUGAAUACAUACAUAAUUUAGGUCUCAUACAUCGAGACAUUAAGCCAGAGAAUCUGCUUCUUACAUCAGAUGGACACAUAAAGAUUGCUGAUUUUGGUAGUGUAAAACCCAUGCAAGAUAGCCAAAUAACAGUCCUUCCAAAUGCAGCAUCAGAUGACAAGGCAUGUACAUUUGUGGGAACAGCUGCUUAUGUCCCUCCAGAAGUAUUGAAUUCCUCUCCUGCAACUAUCGGAAAUGAUCUCUGGGCACUUGGAUGCACAUUGUUUCAGAUGCUAUCUGGAACUUCUCCAUUCAAAGAUGCAAGUGAGUGGCUCAUUUUUCAACGAAUUAUCGCCCGUGAUGUCAGAUUUCCAGAUUACUUUUCUCAUGAUGCCAGAGAUCUCAUUGAUAAGUUAUUGGAUACUGAUCCUAUAAAAAGACCUGGUGCAGGACGUGAUGGUUAUAAUUCAUUAAAAAAUCAUCCUUUUUUUCAAGGAAUUGAUUGGCAUAAUAUAAGGUCACGAAAUCCUCCCAAACUUGUAUUUGAAAAGAGUCACACCGGUGGUAGGACAAGUGGGGGUGAUGACACACCGGAUUCCUCUUGGAAUCCCGCACAUAUUGGUGAUGGGACCGGAAUCGGAAAUACCUUUUCCGAUGUUACAUCUUCUUCUGAUAUUAGCCAUAUAACUAAACUCGCUACAAUAGACUCAUUUGACUCAAAAUGGCAAGAAUUUUUGGAGCCAGGUGAAUCUAUUCUUAUGAUUUCAAUGGUGAAGAAACUGCAAAAACUAUCAAGCAAAAAAGUUCAACUUAUUUUGACCAAUAAGCCAAAGUUGAUAUAUGUGGACCCCUCAAAGCUAGCUGGAAAAGGGAACAUGAUAUGGUCUGAUGAUCCCAAUGAUCUUAGCAUCCAAGUUUCAAGCCCUUCACAUUUCAAAAUUUUCAUACCGAAGAAAGUGAUGUCAUUUGAGGAUCCAAAGCAGAGAGCUUAUCAAUGGAAAAAGGCAAUUGAAGCCCUUCAAAACCGAUGAUUUUUCUAUUCUAUUUGGUUUGUUUACACAUUCUUUUCAUGUAACAUUAAUGUUGGACCUUGGGAAUCCUAAGAACAGUUGGAUUCUGCUGAGGAAAUUUGUUUUAUUUAAGAAAAAAAAUGAUUGUUUUAUUUAAACAAAAGUCAUCCGUCUCACAA